AUGUCAUCACAAGAUUCUACUGUUAUUGAUGCUAUCCAAUAUCAACUGUUAACUGCAGAGUAUUUGGAUGAAGCCGUUCAAUGUCUUGCCUAUACUUUUGGUACAUCGGAACCAAUGGGAGUAGCGUUGGGACAUGUUCCUGAUGAUUACUUGGAUUUUGAGGUUUAUUUUGCAGGUGUGGCUUGUGAGCAGAGAUUGGGACAUGUAGCUAUCGAUACAGCUACUGGAAAAUUAAUUGGUGUAAUCAUCAGUGAAGACUAUGCCAAAAGCUUUUUUGCAACUAUUCCAGAAAAAUUGAUGGAAAAUAAGAAAAUUGGAAGAGUGAUUAAAGUUUUGGAAUUGUUACAUGAAAAAUUCUUCCAUGCAAAUCCUGAACGUGAGAAGGAAAUUAAAAAUUCUGAAAGUUUUGGAAAGAUUCUUCACUUGAAUUGCACAAGUGUUUAUGCAGAGUAUAGAGGAAAAGGAAUUGCUUCACAAUUGACCAAAAUUCAUUUUGAUUAUGCUAAAAAUGUGUUGGGAUUUAAGGGAGCCGUUGCAGAGUGCACAAGUCACACUUCAAAAUCAAUUAAGGAACAACAUAACUUUGUCUCAAAAGCUGUUGUAAAAUAUUCAGAAUACGAAACUAAUCAUUUGGAAACUGGUGAAUUAUACAAACCAUUCGAACAAAUUACUUUUAAAAAUCCAAAGAAUGAUGGUUGUCACUUGAUGUGGCUCGAACAAUUCGAAUAA